AUGGGGAGUUCCAGGGCUAGGGAUGAGGCCGGUACCGCCGCAGACCCUCACCUCGGGAGCCGGAACCCUAGCAACGUGACCUUCGCCAACAGACAGCCGGAUGGCCUUUCUGCAGGACUGGUGCCCGUGGCGGUGACCUCCGGUGGCCCUGCAGCAGACACCGCCUUCCUCUUCAUAGAUCACCACGACCCUGACCGACCACGGCAGCUCCUCGUCCUUGGGAGCUUCCCCCAGUCACCCGACAGUUCCAGGUCAGAAGGAAGAAUCACCGUCCCUCAAACCGAGAGUGGAGUAUCCCCGGACUUCCUGGAGAGGACCAGGGAGCUUCCAGAAGAAGGGACUGUGCAUACACAAGUGGUUGGCACUGGGGUGUCCAGCCAAGCCUCCCUUCCUGCCCUGGAACCUGAGAAGCCAACCAUGCUCUUCCAGAAGAGAAAUUCAUCAGGCCAGGAGCACUCUGGGCUGCAGUUCUCUUGGACCCAGAGUCGACCACCUCCCUCAGACCAUCCCUCGUCUUCUGGAAGCAUAAAGAAUUUUAACAACUCCACUGCCCUCCAAAGCCCAUCAGUCACCCAGACAAAGAGUACGCAUGUCACCAACACAUUCACUAAUGGUGUUCCAAGAAUGCUCCGGUCUUUGACUGUCAGCAUGGAACCUAUAAAUGAGACAGAGAGCUUCCCUGAGCACUCCAGAAUUGCCAUAACUUCAGCCUCAGUCCAUUCUUCACCCUCUGUGGUUGACUCAAGGACACACAGCAGACUAUCUGAGAGUCUGGGAGAUGGAGAAGGCAUGGGGCCAUCUACAGAAAAUGGGUUUGGACUUCCAUCCAUGCACUGGCAAAGUGACUCCCACACCUUUGGAGGACAUCAGCUUGCCAGCAGCUCGGAAGCAGGAAAUGGAAGUGCCGUGCCUCUGACUGAACUGGCGUUUAGGUCAGUUCCCUCCAUUGGUGGUGGAGAGCACACAGGACAGUGGUUCCCCACCAAGAGCAAAACAUCUACAGCUCCAGCAGAAAGCUCUGCUUUGCAUCCAGAAGCUGGGAGCACUCGGACUUUGACUAAGUUCUCACACACUGCACAACAGCCCCAAGGUGGGAGCUCAGGGUUGGAUGGGAAGAGUUCCUCAGAGUCUUCAUCCACAUCUUCCUCGGAAAGACUGGAUUCUGCAGCACCACGUGGAGGACACUCAACCCCGGAAGAAGAUGGUGCGCUGCUGAGUGACAGCUCGGACCUGGCAGAGAGCACUUCCGUGGUGCGCGCCCCGCACACGUCUGCGAUGCUCACCCGGGGCGGGGAACGCACGCUGCGGUCCCUCGGCCUCUCGCGCGCCGCCGCGACCCACCCAGCGCGCCCCACUCCGCGUGGGAACGUGACGGAGCACGCGGGCCUGCUGCCCCGGGCAGCUACCCUCGGAGUCACUGGACUGAACGACGGUCAAGAGCCCGGCUCAGACGCGGAACAGAGGACGUCCGGUGACCACACAGACCACGCCUAUGUUUCCUCUACUUUCACCAAAGGAGAACGGACAUUACUGUCCAUCACAGAAAACUCUUCCUCCUCAGACUCCGGCGAGAGCUCAACCUCUUAUAUUAGGAUCUCAGACCCUCCACGCUCGGACUUUUCUUCUUCUCAGGCUCAGACUAAAAGAAGUAACGUGUCCUCCUAUGAUGGCGAACCUGCUCAGUCUUCCACCGAGUCACUGGAUCUGCAUACAUCCCACCUUCCAUCCCAUACAUCCACCGUUAAUGUGCCAGACACCUUGGGUCUUGAUGCCAGCACUCGGUCUGUUGAGGACCCCUCUGAGGCGGCCCCUUCUCCGCUCCCCUCAGUGUUACAGCCCCACCAGUUUCCGUCAACCUUACCAUCAACCGGGUCUCCCACACAGCAGCUGAAGUCUACCUCUGAGCCAGCCACACCUUCAGCAUCCUCUCCGUCACCUUCACCCAUCUCCUUCGUGGUGUCAACCUUUGCCCCGCACUCUGUCCCGCAAACGACCGUCCCACAUUCAUCUUCUCCCCUGAUCCCACACAGGGCAAGGGAGCCACGUGUAACUUCAGUCCAGAUGUCGACAGUGGUAUCCCCUGUAGUGGUGUUCCCCAGUAACCAGACAGCAGACCCCAAGAACCAGAGCACCCCACAGCAAGACAAAACCGUCACGGAAGCAAAGUCACCAAGCCUGGCGUCUCUGCCCACGGACUCUACCAAACCAGUAACGAUGAGCCUUCCUCCAGGGACCCCUUGGUCCCCAGCCUUAAUGGGGUUCUCCACAGAGCCAGCCCUACCAGCCACAAGCACCAGCUUAGCCCAGAUGUCUCCAGCUUCGACGGCUCCCAUUUCCCAGACGACUCGCUCUCCCGUGACCAGUCCCAGCACCCUGUCAAGCACGGAAGCUUUGACCCCAGGGGCUGUCAUUGUGCCCACUACCCUGCCUGAGGAACAGCACCUGCCAACCAAUCCUGAAAUUCUAGUGCUGCAAACCUCAACAGAACAGGCCGUCACCACAGAAGGGACCCGGGUGCAUAUGGAUCCUACCACUCACUCUGCCCCUCUGACCACUACUCCCACAUCGGUGGAAGUGACCACAGAGCUGGGCCAGGCAGAAGAGGCCAGCCCGGUUUCGCCUUUUCUCAGAACAUCUUCACCUCAAGCUACAGAUGUUUCUACAGCUGCAAUGUUGACUUCCGAAUAUACCACCUUCGCUGCUCAGAGCCCCGCACAGUCACCAACAGCUCUGUCGCCUCCAGCCCCAGUCACCAGCUGUACCGUGAACCCCUGUCUUCAUGAUGGCGAAUGUCUCGUGGACCUCACCGGUCGUGGGUAUCGAUGUGUGUGCCCACCUGCCUGGCAAGGGGACAACUGCAGUGUGGAUGUGAAUGAGUGCCUCUCCAGCCCCUGCCCACCCCUAGCCACCUGCAACAAUACUCAGGGAUCCUUCAGCUGCAGAUGCCCAGUCGGGUAUCAGUUGGAGAAAGGAAUAUGCAAUCUGGUUAGAACCUUUGUGACUGAGUUUAAAUUAAAGAAGACUUUUCUCAAUACGACCGUGGACAACCAUUCCAGCACUCACGAGGUUGAGAACGAGAUCGCUCACACGUUAAACUUGUGUUUUUCAUCGUUGCCUGGUUAUAUCCGAUCUACAGUUGCUGUGUCCAGAGAGCCCAGUACAGAGGUGAUCUCACUACAAUCCACUUUUGCCCUGGCCUCCAAUGUGACACUCUUUGACCUGGCUGAUGGGAUCCAGAAAUAUGUCAACUCCUGCAGGUCCUCUGCUGAAGUUUGCCAGCUCUUGGGGUCUCAGAGGCGGAUCUUUAGAGCGGGCAACUUGUGCAAGCGGAAGAGCCCGGAGUGCGACCGAGAGACCUCCGUCUGCACCGACCUGGACGGCGUCGCCCUGUGUCAGUGCAAGUCCGGCUACUUUCAGUUCAACAAGAUGGAUCACUCUUGCCGAGCAUGUGAAGAUGGAUACAGGCUUGAAAAUGAAACCUGUAUGAGUUGCCCGUUCGGCCUUGGUGGUCUCAACUGUGGAAACCCCUACCAGCUCAUCACCGUGGUGAUAGCAGCCGCAGGAGGUGGCCUUCUUCUCAUCCUGGGCAUCGCACUGAUUGUGACCUGUUGCAGAAAGAGUAAAAAUGACAUAAGUAAGCUCAUCUUCAAAAGCGGGGACUUCCAAAUGUCCCCGUACGCCGAGUACCCCAAGAAUCCUCGCUCACAAGAAUGGGGCCGAGAAGCCAUUGAAAUGCACGAGAAUGGGAGCACGAAAAACCUUCUGCAGAUGACAGACGUGUACUACUCGCCCACAAACGUAAGGAACCCUGAACUUGAACGCAACGGACUCUACCCAGCCUACACUGGACUGCCCGGAUCAAGGCACUCCUGCAUUUUCCCGGGACAGUAUAACCCGUCUUUCAUCAGCGAUGAGAGCAGGAGGAGAGACUACUUCUGAGUCCAGGAGAGAGAGGGGCCGUGUCUCCGAGGCACUUCCCCAGCCCUCUGGCUCAGAGAACGACACCAGAAGGGAGCGCCGUGUACUGGCUGCCUCUAGGACUUGUCAGAGCCACACUUGAGGGGCAUGACCACAGUGGGAGAGGACAGAUGGAUGCGGAACUGCAGGCCACUCAUCCAGCACUGGUAUUACUGUGAACAUGAACGUGGGCCAGUACCGAGUCUCCGAACGUCUGGCGUGUAGAAUUGGCUGACUUCCGCAGGAGACCACUAGGCAUCAUUUCCAGGACCCAGUUCCCCUUUAAUUUGCACUUUAAUAGAUUGGGCAGGGAGGUUUCAUUUUUUUGACUCAUUUCCAGACUAUUCCAGAAAGCCUUCCUUUUCUAGGAUCCUUCUGCAGGCCUCAGCGUGGUGAUUGAUUGGCAGGCAGGUGCUGGCACUUUGGUUUCCCUGCCUGGUGGCUUGUGCUACACACCGGAUGGAGUACACAUACCACUGUGGUCCAGUGAUGCAGCAGUCAGGGGCAUAGUCUUUUAAGGUUUCUAGGUUGCCUGAGCUCAUUCCCAAGCUAACGCCCUAAACGAGAACUUGACCUUUGCAAGGCGAAGCACACACCUUCCAUUUGUGUUGUAAGUUGAGAUGAUACCUUGGCUUAGGAUUUAUUCAUUUUACUUUUCCAAACAAGAAUGAAUCAGGGCGAAAGGACUCCCACUUGGUUUUCAUUAGAAGUAUCCAGCUGCCCCUUAGUAAGUCCUGGCAGGCAGUAUCAGGCUGGUCCUCCGUGUGGGAGGGUGUUUUUGAACCAUGUGGGAGUCGCAUGGGGCCUGGGACUCUGACGCCAGAGUCUGCAGUUGUAAUAGGAAAAGGAGAGUCGAUCGCAGGUGCAUCUGAGCUAGCUAGCGUCUCAGCACUGAAGGAUAAAGCGGCCUGCUGUGGUCCCCACAGCAGAGUGGGACAGAGGAAUGGCCUGGACGACAGUAUUUCCUGCAUCACCCAGUGUUUUGAAAAGCUGGGGGGAUUCCCCGAGGAAGAAUAGGGAGCUGGGAGAGAGCCACAGGUAAGGGUGUGUACCUGGUAAUCUUUGAACCCAGAAUGUUGUCCACAAACUCACGGAAACUUUGGACCACUCAAAGCCAUUCUCUCGCCCGGGCGUCAAUAUGUCUGUGUUCUUGUGCAGUGGCCCCUCGAGACUCAGUUAUGGUCCAGGUCAGCUUUGGAGAACGAAAGCUUGGCCGGCUAGGGGCCUGAGAGCUUGCUUCGGGGGAAAGAGUUCUGUGUCUUGUUUAUUGCACUGUGGUGGGGUCCUGGUGUGUGUGUGUGGAGGGCAGAGGGCUCUGUCCCCUGUGGAACUACAUUUAUCAACUUGUGGAAUAUUGGAAUAUCCUGGUUUGGGAUGAGUGAGGAGGGCAAAGCAUUUCCCCACUCUGAAGCUGGAAAUUCAGUGGCAGAUCUUUCUGGAAAUGGGGCAGCUGUUGGAGAUGGAUCUGUCUGUGUGUUUAUGUGGGGUUCUCUGGUUCCUCCAAAUUUUAUGCAGGUCCCCAUCCUGUUUUAAGUGUGAGCUGUGCCUCCUGGUCUCCACCACUCAGGACCACUAGUCAGGUGCAGUGGAUUUUAACCAUCAGAAGGCACUCAUGAGUACAGGGAGAAUUCUGUUGCUGUUAGUUGAUGCUAACUUCAGGUUGCAAAGCAGCCCUCAAGAAGCCAUGGGUCUUGCCUCUAGCUCACUGUGGAACUGAUGGCUCCUUGUAUCUUUGUGAGCUCCUGUGCUCGGCUUGCCUGGGCCCAGAUCCCUUGUGAGGUAGCCUGGUUCUAGCCCUUCCCUCAAUGUCCCUGUUUGUCCCCAGCCUCACUGCUGUUCCCACCCACACACUUCUAAUGCCUUCAGCUGGCGUCACAGCUGCUGAGCACCUGCUUAGGGGCCAGGAGCCUCAAGCCCCACACAAUGGAAAUUCCCAGAAAAAUUCCUGGGAAGAAUCCCAGUGUCCAGAAAAAGUGUCCUGUGAGUUCCAAAAAUGCUUGCUGACUCAUGAGUUUGGUCCAAAUAGAGUUGAUUAAGAGUGUUUCAUUUUUUUUCUUUUUUUUUUUUAACUGUGAAAAAAAAUGAGAGCGCCAAGCAAGGGUGAAUUCAUACUGACUCUACCGUUUCACGGGGGGCUUGAGAUGAAGAAUUUGUAUAAGAGACAUAACUUAUCUGGGACUCUCUCUGCCCACCAUUGGAAGGAAUGGGGUGACUGGGUGCUCUGCUACUUGGGGUUACAUCCAGAUGGAGCCUGGAGAUAGGACGUCAGUCAGCAGGCCAUGUGCAGGACAGACAGGAUGAACCCGUGCCUAGACGUGCAGAGUCUCCGCUGGACACAAGUGCUCAGAGUCCGUCCCUAUUACCUAGAACGCAUAAUUCACGUGCACGGACAUGUCACAGUCCUGCAUUGGGGUCCCAGGGUGGAGGAAGUGGGGGGAAGGGAAAAGGUACACUGCUUAGGAAAUGCUGUGUGCAAAAGAGCCAGGCCAGGCAGAACUUAG